AUGGCUGCUGUCCAGCAGUUGCUGGCAAGCCCAUCGCCCGCUCCAGCGCCAGUAUCGUCACAGCGCAUCAACGACACCUCAGCCUCUGCCGACAUGGAGCUCGACAGCACCAGCAAUGACCCGGUUAUGAUUGACAGUGGGCUGAUGAAGGGUGCGCCACAAACGGGGGAUUCUCGAAUAGCUGUCAUUGUGUAUGGACAGGGACAAGAAAAUGUUGUGUCCGUAUUCGCGGAGGUACUGGGCAAACCGGUUAAAUUGAAGCGAUCGUUCAAGGACGUCGACCACGAGGAUGAAGGUUUCGUGAUUGGCCUUGCUCUGCAGGAGGCCAAGCAGGAUGUGGAGGAUCGGGACCAACAGCUGCUCGUAGCCAUCAAUGCUCACUGCACCAGCCCGCACAGCCAAUUGAUGGCCAAGCCGAGGACGUUUUUCAUUUCCACCACGUUUCCCGAUGUCCAAGCGGCUCUUCCCAACUUGGACAUUCUCACAGUAGGAGCUGAUGCGGUUGAGAUCCGCGUAGAUCUUUUGCGCGAACCCCGGGGCGACGGGACCUUUUCUGACAUCCCAAGCCUGAGUUAUGUCGGACAGCAGGUCAUGCUACUGCGGCAGAGAACCGAGCUUCCCAUCAUCUUCACCACUAGAUGCACAAAGGAGAAUGGAAAAUUCCCCAUGGACAACCCCGAUCUAUACUACGAAUAUCUAUACCGAGCGGUCCAGUGGGGUGUAGAGUACAUCGAUGUCGAGCUGUGGCUACCGGAGCACAUUCGAAAGAAGCUGUACGAAAAGAGAGGCAACUCUCGCAUCAUGUCUGCCUUUCACGACUUCUCAGGCACUUUCAAAUGGCCGUCCCAAUACGCACAGGAUGUCUUUGUAAAGUCCAGGCAGUACGCCGACAUUGUCAAGAUGAUUGCAAUCAUCAACGAUCACAACGAAAACUUUGAGCUCGAGUACUUUCGCUCCAAGAUACGGGCGCAGUAUCCAGAUGCACCACCGCUGUCGGCUGUCAACAUGGGCGAAAUUGGUCAGUUUUCGCGAACGCUCAACACGGUCUUCUCGCCCAUCACUCACCCUCUUUUGCCCAUCAUCGCCGCCCCCGGCCAGAUGAGCACAGCCGAGAUCAACGGCGCCCUGGCAUUGUUGGGCCAGCUCCCAAAGAAGUACUUUUACGGCAUCAGCAGUGCUGCUGCUCGAAGCAUCGCGCCGCGGGCACCUUUUUACGAAAAGUGCUUCAACGAGUUAGGAUUGCCGCAUCAGUUCGCCGUAGUGGAGCGCCAGCACAACAACCCAGCAGGCAUUCAAUCGUGGUGUAACCAGAGGGACUUUGGAGGUGCCUAUCUCGACCCGGGGUUGUCAUACCAGACCAUCAUGAAGCACAACCCGUGGUUCUCGACCCUCAACAACGGCCAGGGCCCAACGCUGUCCGAGGCGGCUCAGGGGAUCGGUAUCAUCGACACAAUCGUUGUGAAGCCCUCGGGGUCAUCAGGAUCAGGAUCAACCUCGACACCACCGUCUCAAUAUAGCGGCACUAUGCCACCUGGAGGACAGCCUGGCCUCGCCCCUAACACGUCAUUGAUCUUCGACAAUGCUAGCUGGAGAGGCAUCCUGUCCACACUGACUCGCGAUCUAGCCCCCUCUGCUUAUUUCGGCCGGACCGCGGUGGUGCUCGCUUUGACGGCUGACGAUGCUGCACCUGUCUUCUUCGCAUUGAAGGCGCUCAAAAUGUCAAAGAUAUACACAGUCGGCUUCAGGACGCCAUCCGGGCUGGCCCGCAACGCCCCUCCGAUCGAACAGUUUAUCAGCAUGGAGAGCCUUCAACGAGCCCGAUCCGUGGCGGACAACCGAGCGCCGUUUGUCAUCAUCUCAGCGCUGGGCCGAGGCAAGAGCAACAUUGUCGGCAUGAUGCUGCGAGUCUUUGGAGAAGCCGGUCCCCCAGGAUCGUCGAACACGAAGAAGGUCUUUUUGAACCUUGCCGAGGCGGCGUCGCAGCAGAAGAACGACCCUAUCGUAGUCGCGGAACAGAGCGGUUUCACCGCAUAUGACGCUGCAGACGUUGCGGCCUUUACGACGGUCGAGAGCCUACGGCUGCUAGUCGGACAAAACGUACCAUACAGCUUCGUCCGGCUGGCAAGCGGACGAAAUUUAUUCUGA